AUGCGUCACGCGCGCACGAAACGCACCCGCGGGCGGUCUCGUGCGUUCGCGUGCGUCCUGUGCGUCGCGAUCGGCGCGGAAUUCAUCACCAACGCGCGCGCUGUGAGUCUCUUCUCCACCGGGCGAUCGUCCGCGAGCGACGACCGCGGGGCAUCGAAGGAUCUCUCGGCGCUCCGAGACGCGCUGCGGGAGGCGUCGGAGGCGUCGCGGGCGCUCACGCGCGCGAUGGACGCGGCAUCGACGAUCGUGGGUCGGUUAGAGCGCGCGGGCGGGACGGCGACGGAGACGAAUACGUGCGCGAGCGCGGACGGAGGGUGCGCCGCGAGCGAGCGAACGACGUCGGAUGCAUCGAACUCGGUGAGCGCGCGCGCGUCGUACGGCGGCGAUGGACUGGAUUUAGAGGACCUCGUGCGCAGGGAGACGGAGGCGCGCGUGCGUUCGGCGCUCGCCGGAGCGGCGAUAUCGAGCUCAAACGCCAAACUCGGCGAGUCUUUGCGUCGACGGUGGGGGACCAAGGUGACGACGCGCGUGAGUGUAGCUCGCGCGCUGCCGUUCAGAAGAGGCAAGGGCAAUGACCGAGCGACGGAGUAUUACGCCGUCGGCGACGAGCUCGGCGACGUGACGGUGAGAAGCGCCGAGACGGGAGCGACGGCGUGCGAGACGAAGACGGCGAGCGCGUCGGAAGUGCGCUCGUUAGUGUCGUACAUGUCAAGAUUAAACACCACGGUGCUCAUCGCGGGACACGACGACGGGACGGUCUCGUUUGUGGAUGUCGUGCGCACGUCGUCAGAGAGUGGAAUCGAUUCGGACGAACACAAGUUGCGAUGCGCACUCGUGACGUCCAUCACGAUCGGGCGGGCGACCACUAGAUAUAAGGAGAAGUUUAGAGCGAUGAACGGGUUGAGGAAGGAAGAAGCCGUUUCGGGAUCGGUAGAAAAAAUCGAGGAGAAUGUCGCCGUGGAGACGUUGGGAAUGUAUCGCAUUCUGGGCAAACGAUACGUCGCCGCGGCCGACGCGAACGGGCGCGUUGCGGUCUUCGCCCCCUUGAAUAAAGACUACGCGCACGUUCACGGCGUGUUCAACACCGGAUCGAGAGUGUUCGCGUUCAUGCCUUACAACAAAGGCGUCGUGGCGCUCACGCAAAGAGGCGUCACGAUCGCCAACAUCAACACCUUUACAUCCAAGCUCCUCGCUUGCGAUGGGUUGAACCACGUGCAAAUCGCACUGGGGUCGUUCGAUUUGAGAUCGAGUAAGAGAUUGACCGGCGUGACGACGGACGGGCGCGUUCUGUCAGCGUUCAUCUCUUUGGAUGGCGCUCGAACCGGAUGCGCGUUUCGCGUUGGUGGCGAGCAGUCGGAAACGCUAUUGACGGCGACGUCGAUCGCCCUGGUGAGAGGUUACGCCAUCGUCGCCACGAAAAAUGGUUUAGAAAUUCUGAACACGACGAAUACGAGAGUCGCCACGCGAGUCUUUCGUACGGGGAGCGAUGUGCUCCUCGCCGCAGAGGGCGUCGAGGCGCGGUCGACCGAAGCGAGCGCGCCCGUGGUGGCGUCCGACGGCGAUCAUCAGAUCGUCGUGGCGCAUCCUGACGACGGCGUCAUCGUCAUGUAUGAUAAUAGCAUGUACGUCGCGCCACCUCCCACGUUGUUCGGCGAAAAUCCGUGGUUUCAGCCCCUUGCGAUGAUGAUUACAAUCGGCAUCGCGAUUUGGAGCUACAACAGUAAACGAAGUGAAACACACUCGAGGGACGACAUUCGACGGGUGACCGAGGAUGGACUUCGUAAACUCGGGUACGGCGAAGACAUGUCGCGCGCGCGGGCGCGCGUGACGGGGCAAUCGCUUCCCGGAUUCGAGGAAUGGACGCCGGCGAGGCUUCGUCGAGAAAUCGAAGCCGCGAAACUCAACGGCGACAUUUAA